AUGACUAUUGAUCAAAUGCAUAUUGAACAACGGGGUGAGGAAAUUCUCAAUGUUUUCAGCACUGCUUUUGAAGCUCUCCUAGCUGCCGACCCGGCUGCCUUCGAGGUCAAAUUCCGGAAGAUGGCUGCCUCUGCAUUUGCCUUCUACCGCGGCAGUGCCUGUCUGUUUUACCACGACUUGACACAAAACAAGCAUGACGACCAAUAUCUGGACGACCAAACCAGUCGGAUUUGGAUCCACGGCGACUUGCACGCAGAGAACUUUGGCACAUACAUGGACUCCGAAGGCAGAUUGAUAUUCAAUGUCAACGACUUCGACGAAGCAUACAUUGGCCCUUUUACUUUUGAUGUCAAGCGUUUGGCUGCGUCGAUUGCCUUGAUUGGGUACGCAAAGGCCCUGAGUGAUGAACAGAUUACCACCCUUGUCCGAGCAUUCGCUACCUCCUACUGCAAGCAAAUACGUACACUGGCUGCCAAUGAUACCACAGAGGAGGAAUUACGUUUCACCAUAGACACAGCAAAGGGUCCACUCCUUGAAGCAUUACGCUCAGCUCGUACGCAGACCCGGUUCGGGUUACUGGAUUCUAUGACGGAAAUCCGUGAUUCGGAACGACGGUUCAUUCGAGGCGGCGGUGCUGUCGAGCUCAACGACGAAACGAGGGACAAGAUUGGAGCCGCCUUCAACGGAUAUCUGAAAACGCUUCCGGAACCAAGGAACAACCGUCCUGCCUCCUGCCAGGUCAAAGACAUCAUCGGCCGUCGGGGUGUCGGUAUCGGUUCCGCUGGCCUUCCGUCGUACAACAUUCUGCUUGAAGGAAAUACCGAGGCUUUGGAAAACGAUGUCGUGAUUUAUCUCAAGCAGUCGCAGGCUUCCGCUGUCUCUCGCCAUGUCACCAACAGUGCAGCCCGGGACUACUUUAUCCACGAGGGUCAUCGGACGGUGAUGUCGCAGCGUGCUCUCCAGGCCCAUGCUGAUCCAUGGCUCGGGUGGACUGAGAUGGAUGGAGCAGGCUUACUGGUAGCUGAGGUUUCUCCCUAUGCGGUAGACCUUGCCUGGUCAGACAUCAAUGACCCAGAGCAAAUGAUCGCGGUCGUUACCGAUCUGGGCCGGGCUACGGCAAUGAUGCAUGCAGCUGGGGACGAUGAAAGCAGUCACUCAACCCUGGUCCAAUUCUCUACAGAAAAGGCCAUUGAUACUGCCAUUGGGGUAGAUGGGGAGGGAUUCUCGCAAUUUGUGGUCGACUUCGCGCAUACUUAUAGUGCUCAGGUGCGACGGGACCACCAGAUCUUUGUUGAUUUGUUCCGCAACGGCCGCAUCCAGGGGCUGUCUGUCAAUGGCCUCAAUUAA